CGGGCACCUCCUCUUUCGCCAGUGUUACUCCUCCUCCGCCAUGUCUGUCAUAACGACCCCGAUAACUGAGCUGUUCGGCAUCAAGCAUCCCAUUCUCCUGGCAGGGAUGAACGUGGCUGCUGGCCCAGAGCUGGCAGCCGCCGUCACAAAUGCCGGCGGUAUGGGCGUCCUUGGUGGCAUUGGUUACACUCCGAAGGUGCUCCGGGCACAGAUCCAUGAAAUUAAGAAGCAUCUGGUGGACCCGAAAGGUGCCUUCGGUGUCGACUUGCUCAUUCCUCAGGUGGGCGGAAAUGCACGGAAGACAAAUUAUGACUACACCAAGGGCAAGCUACCAGAGUUGAUUGAUGUUAUCAUCGACGAAGGGGCGAGACUUUUCGUUUGUGCCGUUGGGGUUCCUCCAAAAUGGGCGGUCGAGAAGUUGCACGCAGCUGGCAUCCCUGUCAUGAACAUGGUCGGACACCCGAAGCACGUCCAGAAGGCAUUAGACGUCGGUGUGGACUUGAUCUGUGCACAGGCAGGGGAAGGCGGUGGGCACACUGGCGACGUCCCAGCAACGGUCCUCAUCCCCGCCUGCGUUGACAUUGUCAAGGGGUAUAAGUCGCCGCUGACAGGCAAACCUGUCUAUGUCAUUGGUGCCGGUGCUGUCUACGAUGGUCGUGGGCUCGCAGCGAACUUAGCGUGGGGUGCCCAGGCUGUAUGGGUUGGUACGCGGUUCGUUGCUUCGGUGGAGGCGGGUGCGCCGAAGGCACAUAAGGAAACGGUGUUGAAGGCUGGAUAUGAUGACGCUGUGACGACGCUUAUCUAUACUGGCCGCCCUCUGCGCGUUUACAGGACGCCCUACGUCGAGGACUGGAAUAACAAUCGGCAACAGGAGAUCAAGGAGCUUACGUCGAAAGGUAUCAUCCCCCACGAACAUGAAGUGGAGAAGCACCCAGAGAUUUCUGCGCAAGCCCGUUCUUGGCUGAUAGGCAAGUGCGCCGCGAUGAUUCAUGAAGUCCUGCCUGCGAAGGUCAUUGUCGAGCAAAUGGUGAAUGACGCUGCGACGAUCCUGCAGGAGAAUGCUGCCAAGGUCAAUGUCAAUGCUAAAGCUAAGCUGUAGUUGUAUAUAGCUAUAAUUAUAUAGGGACGCUUUCUUGUGUAAUUUUUUGGUUCAUUUUUUGCUAUCACCAAUCCCAUUUGUAUGACUAUUAUGAGUACACUACCGUGGCCAUUAUCUCAACAUAAUCCCCUACGUACUGGAACGUGCAGCGAGC